GUACUGAGGGAAAGAGUGGGAUUCGUAGUGCUUCUCAUAGAGUAUCAUGACAAAGGUGACUUGAGACAUACAUACCAGAGAAUAGUGAAACUCCACAUGCUGCCUGGAUAUCAUAACAAACUCUCUGCACAAGGAUUUAUCAUCUAACAUGGACUACCUUUGAAAAAAAAACUGCCUUCAUUCACGUUUGGGAUUUAUUCUAUUUGGAUUUUGAGGGUUCAUCCACUGGUCGAGGAGUCAUGGAAGGUCUCGAAGCACUGAAAGAAAUGUCUGUCCUGAAAGUUUCUGUUGAGUGGUAGCAACCCAGCAUGUAGCAGAGGUGAACAAGUCCCUUCACGCCUGGGAGCAAUCCGACAACAUAAUGGGGAAUUCAUACGCUGGGCAGCUGAAGUCUGCUCGAUUUGAAGAGGCUCUCCAUAACUCUAUUGAAGCAUCUCUGCGAUCUAGUAGUGGAGAUCCACAGCCCAUCUUCACACAGCUCUACCUGGAGCCGGAGCCGUAUCCUGGUAACAUGGACGGUAGGAUCAGCAAAAUCAGAUCAGACAUAAAGCCGAAAGCUGAGCUCCAUGGUGGUGAGCUGCCGGGCCACGAGCUGAUGAAUGGCCACUCUUCCAACGAUCUGGAGGAGCUGGAGGACGACGAUGACUCAGACAGCAGCAGCCCUCCACUUCCCUACCUGCAGGGCCCUGCACCAGACGGCUGCUGCACACUGGAUGGUUUCUGUCAGGCCGGCAAGGAUCUCCGCCUGGUCUCCAUAGCAACAGAGCCCAUCGAAGUCCCAGCAGGCUUCGAGCUGGUCGGUGCCAAGUCCCCCAGUGUCCCUGAGCACAUCCUGGUGUGUGCCGUGGACCGACGCUUUUUGCCUGACGAGAAUGGGAAAAAUGCACUUUUAGGUUUUUCAGGAAACUGUGUGGGCUGUGGGGAAAAGGGUUUCAGAUACUUCACAGAGUUUUCUAACCACAUAAACCUGAAGUUAUCCACCCAGCCCAAGAAGCAGAAGCACUUAAAAUACUACCUGGUGAAGAAUUCUCAGGGUGCUCUGUGCAAAGGACCCCUCAUCUGCUGGAAAGACUGUAAAACCCGUCAGUUUCCUAGCAGUGCAUCAACAUCCAAACCCAGCUCGUCCUCCUCUCUUAGCAGUAAAGAAAACGGAGGAACCAGCGGACACAGCUCCUCUCCCUUUUCCCUCUCAGAUUCUCCACCCACUAGAACGACGCAAGUGUCCUCGGUCUUUUUCAGCAGUCAAGACCUCAGCAGAGAUUGCAGUUUCCUUAAACCUUUGGCCUCCACACCUGGAAACAAGACCCUACCAAUAGUACCCACAGCUCUGAGGGUGAAUGGGCCGACUAAUGGACUGGGUGUUGAUGGGCGUCCUCCCUUACUGAGCCCCUCCCAGGUCUCCUUAGGGCCUCAAGGUCAGGGAUAUCGCGCUGCUGACUUAGGAGACAGUCCAGUGUCCUCUGCCAUGAACUCUGGUCCUCCAAAGAAGCGCCACCGGAGCUGGCAUCCCAAUUCAUUAGUGCCUGUCCCACCGACAGCCGUCCCUGUGCCAGCUAUCAGACCAAUAAUUUGUUCUCCAGGUUCUGUAUUAGGAGUGUCCUCUCCUCAGCCACCGGUAGCAGGAGUCGUUCAGCCCCAACCUGUCACUGCUGGAGAGACGGUGAUCAUCCCCGACAACCUGCUCAACUCUUCAGGAUUUCGGCCUGUCAUCCUCAUUGGGCAUGGCACUUUACCCUAUUUUUAUGGGAACGUUGGGGAUAUAGUAGUGAGCCCCCUGCUGGUCAGCUGCUAUAAGAGCAGCCAGUUGACAGAGAAAACCUUGGAGACCUUGGGCCUGAACAGCAGCCAGCUACUCAGUGUGGAGACAAUGAUUCUGCUCACUUUGCAGUAUCUUGCACGUUUAGGCUCGGAACAGAUUCCCCUGCGGGAGGAGCUGGAGCAGAUUGUUUUGAAAGCCAUGCUGUGCUGUCCCGGGGGUCCCGCCAUCUCCCCGUCCCAGCUGCCCUGGUUGGCUCGGCUGGAAGCCAGUGUCUCUGGGGGCAGUGUCCAAGUUGUGGUUACCCAUAACUCUUUGGGAGAGGGCAUUUCUGAAUCGCUGCGAUCUCUCAGUGAGGCUCCUCACCACCAGCAGUGCCUGCCCACAUAUGUGGUCAUCAUAUGUGCCUCUAAAAUGAGUGGCAAUGAGUUCUGUGUACUGGUUUUAGGAAAGUAUCAAGCACGGGCCUUGGCUGAAGGCAUGUUGACAACCAACGAGUUUCUGAAAGAAAUCAGCUAUGAGCUCAUUACAGGGAAAGUCAGUAUCUUGGCGUCACACUUCAAAACCACAUCACUAGGGGACAAUCUGGACAAGCAGCUGGUUCGAUACCAGCGCAGACGGAAGGGCCAGGUCAUCCAGCCCUUCCAGGGCGAUGUCACUGACCACAUCCACUCCCAGGAGGCUGCCAGUAUGUCACCACUCUCAGACAGAGCAGAGCUGCUAAGUAACGUCUUCCAGAUCUAUCCAACCCAGCUGAGUGUGGCACGGAGCCUCCUCUCUCAAGUGUGCUCCAUUGCUGACUCAGGCACCCAAAACCUCGACUUGGGGCGCUUUUGUAAAGUAGACUUCCUAGUUUUGGUCCCACCUUCUCAUAUUCUGGUACACCAGACGGCACAGCGCAUCCGACAAUCAGGGGUGCUGGUGGACCUGGGUAUCGAGGAAGUGUCCUCAGCCCACCAGAAACCCGACAAGUACGUGGUGCGUCUGGAUGGUGACGUACACGCCAAGAUGGAGGCCUUCAUGAGGAAAGUCAAACAGAACCCAUACACCUUGUUUGUCCUCAUCCACGACAACUCGCAUGUCGACCUCACAAGUGCUCUGUCAGGCUCUGUGUGUCACGGGGAGCUGCAGGGUCUGGCUGACCGGGUGGUGAACUGCCAGGAAGUCUUGGAUGCAAUGAACCUGCUGGUCCUGCAGGUCAGCUGCUUCCCCUACACCCUGCAGACCCAUCAGUCCCGCAUCAGCAUCCACAAUGAGGUUCACUGGCCAUUCAAUGAAAGUCUGCAGGGGGAGCAAUCUCCUAAUGAGUUGGUCUACUUUGGCCUGAGGGACUACAGCAGCUCCCUGCAGUGGGGCGUGGCCAGCCCCAUUCUGCGUUGUGAUGAUGCAUUUGAGAAGAUGGUCCACACUCUGCUGGAAAGACAUCCCCACCUGCACAGCAUGGUGAUCCGCAGCUACCUGCUGAUUCAGCAGUACACUGAGGCCAUGAUGGCCCUGACCUCCUCCCCAUCCCUGAGAGAUCAUAUAACCCCAGAGACUCUGGCCAUGGUAGAGGACUUGAUCAAUGCCCCAAGCAGAGAGGGCUCUCAGGGCCGGGGCCACAUGCUGUUGGUCCGUGUCCCCUCACUCCAGCUGGCCAUGUUGGCUCGCGAGCGACUAGAGGAUGUGAGGGACAAGCUGGGCCUCCAACUGUGCUUUGCCGUGUUGCUGGGAAGCCCUGCAUCUGAGCUCAAUCUGCCCAGAAACUUCACCAGCCGCCUCAGGGCCUGGCGAGGCUGUGACAACGAAGACUGGGUACCGCACACUUAUGAGGAUCUGGAAGGACUGCCCUGCAUCGUCAUCCUCACGGGAAAAGACCCCCUCGGAGAGACGUUUCCCAGGUCUCUGAAGUACAGUGACCUGCGUCUAAUUGACUCCAGCUACUUGACUCGCACAGCCCUGGAGCAGGAGGUGGGUCUGGCCUGCACCUAUGUUUCCAUGGGUGUCGUCCAGGAGCCUAAGAGGGCUAUGGCCCCUCGGGAAUCAGAUGGUGAGAAGGCCACCACCAGCUUGAACGAUGGAGAUGAGCUGGAAAGACCUCAGAGCAAUGGCAGUGCUGCAACCAGAACCUCUGGCUCUUUGGCAGAGAAUGGUGUCACUUCAUCUGACGUUGUCGAGUCUUUUCAGAAGCCCUCUACCUCUACUUGUCCACCUGAAGGUGCCAUCACCUCGGAUGUGGGCACAGUGACACAAGGCUUCAAGCAGGAGUGCGAUUCCCUCGGAAGCCAGAUCUCCUCCAACUCUUCCAAAGCCUCCAGGGCCCCUCCAUCCCUUUAUUCCAGCUCCUCCUCGUCCUCCCUCUCCCCAUCUUCCUCUUCCACCCAGAGACCCAGCCAGUCCACACAGUGCGGUCGAGAACCGAGGCCUGCCAGAGUGUCACCGCGGACAGUCAUCAUGUCACGAGCAGCAUACAACCUGCUAGCAGGGGAGUCGGGGAGCCAGCUGAGCUCCUUCUCUCUGCUGCCUCAUGCAGAUGUGUCCUGGAGCAGUCCGCUGAGACCUCUGAACACUCACGACCUCCAGAGUGCAGAGCAGAGCGUUUACUACCGCCAGUGGACCACCGCCAGGCAGCAUCAUGCCGAUUAUGAAGCUCCACCUGUGCCGCAUCCACGCCGCCUGCUACUCAGUGGACCCCCACAGGUGGGAAAAACCGGUGCCUACCUGCAGUUUCUCCGUAUCCUGUUUCGAAUGCUCAUCAAACUGUUGGAGGUAGAUGUGUAUGAUGAGGAGGAGGAAGAAGAAACAUCUGAGGUUACAUGUCCAGCAAGCAGCCAGUGGCCUGACAUUGAGGAGAUUCGAAAACUACCAUUUGACCCCUACCCCAGAGACUCAAAAUUCAGAAAGGCUAGCCCUGUUUACUCUGACAAGAUGCCAAAGUGCUUGAAAGAUUUUAAACAAGAAGGAGAGAUCCAAACAGCAGCCAAACGAGAGACCAAGUCCAUACGUCUCAGCAGGUUUGCAGCUCACAAUGCCUUUCAUCACUGUGAACAGUGUCACCGCUACUGUGAAGCCGGCCCUGCCACACAGCUGUCAGAGUGCACCUUCCAUGCUUUCACCUUCUGCUCCUCCAUGCUGGGGGAGGAGGUGCAGCUUCAGUUCGUCAUUCCCAAAGCCAAGGAGCAGCACUUUGUCUUCAGUCAGCAGGGCAGCCACCUGGAGAGCAUGCGCCUGCCUCUGGUCUCCACCAAGGACCCUGAUCUGUUGAAGAGUCCAAUCUUCACCCCAACUACAGGACGCCAAGAGCACGGCCUGCUCAACAUUUAUCAUGCCAUGGAGGGCGCCACUCAUCUGCAUAUUUUGGUUGUCAAGCAAUUUGAGAUGCCCCACUACAGGAAGUACUGGCCCAACCACAUCCUGCUAGUCUUACCAGCUAUGUUCAACAAUGCUGGAGUUGGUGCUGCCCGCUUCAUGAUCAAAGAGCUGUCAUACCAUAACCUAGAGCUGGAGAGGAACCGUUUGGAAGAGCAAGGUGUCAAGAGGCAAGAUGUAUGGCCUUUUAUCGUCAUGAUGGACGACUCCUGUGUGCUGUGGAACGUCCAACAACCAGCAGAUAGCAGUGAGACGUGUGAAGGAAGCUCAACCCUCAGCAACAUAUCUCUGAAAAUGGUGCUGCAGCAUAUGGAGACCACACCGAAGAUCUCCCUGUAUGCAAUGUGUGGCAUGCGCAAAUGGAGCAGUAGCCUGGCUUGCAAGCCUCUGAGCAACCCCUUCAGCCGGUGUCACCUCCACGACUUCGUCAUGCUUAAUGUGGAUCUGACGCAGAAUGUUCAAUAUGACCUUAAUCGAUACAGUUGUGAGGAGGUGGACUUUAAUCUAAGGGUGAACAGUAGUGGGCUGCUGCUGUGUCGCUUUAACUACUUCAGCCUGAUGAAAAAACACAUUCCAGUUGGGGGAAACAAAGAUUUAAUGGUCAAACCUAAACUCAUGGAAAUAGAAAACCCUGCCGCAAUCAGCCCAUCCCAGUAUGUAUGCGCCCCAGACAGCGAGCAGACUCUCCUGGAUGCCCCGGCCCAGUUCUUGCUGGAAAGGUUCCUUCAGAGCUGCAGCCACAGACUGUUCCCUAAGGCUGUUCAGAACAGAAACAACCCAGUUCUGUCCAUCGACAGCUACCUCAACAUCAGCCCGGAGAUUCCUGUGUGCUACAUCAGCUCUCGUCCACACUCCACCAACCUGAACCAUCAGGGCCUGGUGUUCAGUGGCUUGCUGCUUUACCUCUGUGAUUCCUUCGUUGUCUCUGGACUCCUCAAGAAAUUCCGCUUCCUAAAAGGUGCCACGCUCUGUGUGAUUUGCCAGGACCGAAGUUCCCUGCGCCAGACCAUCGUCAGACUGGAGCUGGAGGAUGAGUGGCAGUUCCGCCUGCGGGACGAAUUUCAGACAGCCAACUGCAGCGAGGAUCGUCCCCUCUACUUUCUAACUGGCCGCCAUGUUUGAACCUGAUUGAAACAGCCAGGGUUCCCCUACUUUGCUGCAGAAAAACACAAUCGGAUUUGAGGGGAGAUCUGAUUUCAAACCAGCCAGCAAUCACAAUUAUUGCCAUUCCAAUGGAAGGUCAGAGGGGAUAUGCUGGAGGACCGGAAGUGCCCCACAAGAGGACACAUGGUCACCUAACGUGGCUUUCCUUACAUCUGUACUACCACAGUGCACUAUGCCUGGCUCUCACAAGGGUCAGUGCAUGUUUUUAACUCUUGCUUGUAGCUGGGUUUGUCUCCACUCAAGCUUACAGAAAAAAGACUUUGCUGUGACAGAAAAAAGCACAGCUGAAACUGAACUUUCUUUGUUUUGUUGUUGUAUUUCGCAAAAAUGGACACUCUCCUAUUGAUAAUGUGACUAUUUGUAGAUUAUAUGUGUACAUGACUACAGUAUGUCCCAUCUUGGACAUACGUGUUUAUCUCAGGGUUUUAAAGGGAGAUCAAAGGGAGGUUGCUUAUGGGGGUAAAGUUUUCUCCCUGUUCACCAUGUAUUUUUGGCAUUAACUUAUGUUGGCACCAAAGACAUCCUCAGCUGCACCUUGCCUUUUCCUAUUACUCUCCCUUCAUACCUGCUCUGCCUCUCAAACUCCAUUAAGCUCAUCGACUAUAAAAAGACAGCUCACUGCAUUUAAGAAAUAUAACCACAGAGGUUGCUCUGUACUUAUAACAUGACAGUGAAUUAUAUUUUAUCAUCAAGAGUAUAAUGUCAUUGGGAUUAAAACAACAUGUGGUGAUUUGAGCUUGCACACUUAAACUGCAAAUGGGGACUCUUUUUCCUCUUGUGCCUCUAAAAUAUUUAUGCGGCAUCAAUAAUCCUUCUGGCAAGGAACUGAAGGAGCUCAAGUGUGUUUGUAUUUUCCAAAUUACUUUCACAGGAAAGUAUCCAAGACUUUAUGUAUUUCUCUAUAUUCACAACUGAAAGAAUGUAGGACGGUAAUGUUCUAUUACCACUUAGAUGACUUGCCACUGGGUUGUUGUUGUUUUUUUUUACAACUCACCUGACAAUGUUUUUUUUUAAACUUUUGGCCAAUCAGUCAGAGCAACGUAAAAGUAAGGCUAGUUUACAGGUAUGUCCUAAAUGACUAAUAUAUUUAGCAUGUAGGCAUUUGCUGUUUCAAAUGCAUAAUCACAAUAUGUCAGUAAAUUCUAUGAGCAAGCCUCCUCACUGCCAUAUAUCCUGCUACUGGCCGUGCCUGGUCUCAGCUACCCUCAUCAUACCCUAAACUCAUUUUCCCCCACAACAAAGGGUAAUCAAAGAAAAGGUUACACACUGCCAAAAGCAGCUGACCAGGUCAAUUCAUAUACUUGAAAGGAGAAUGUUUUUAUAUGUUUCUGCACAGGGUUGUCCAAAGAAUAUGCCUUAAGUGACAUUUGAUACAGUCAUUGCUCUAGUCACUAAUUUUUCGGACCAAUGAGAAUGAAGAAACCAUAUAACUGUGAGGCGAAGGAAUGUUGUUUGUCUGAGAGAAGCAAGAUGAAAUAAUUGGAUUUCGGACUACUGUACUGUUUAAAGCUUUGUUUACAUUAUUAAUAUAUUAUAUCAUCCCCUUAACCACUGAGGGUUACUGAUGUUUUGUGUAACAUUUUCCAGUAUAUUUUGGUCAUAAUGUCUUUUCUGCAUUUUAUGUUAUGUUGCAAAGGCAAGAAGAAUCUACCUAGAUGUGUCCUUAACCAUAUGUCUGUAUUCCUUCCUGUUCUUGUGUUGGAUUUUUAUUGAAAUGAAAAUCAGGUCCAUGAGGGAUUCUUAUUUAUUUGACAAGCAUUUUGGACUGAUAAUCAUAUUGAAGUGUAAUAUUUGAUUGCAUGCAAGCUCACUUAAGCCAAAAGGAGAGUGUCCUCUUCAAAACCAUCUAUGAAGGCUUUGCACAAGACCCAAAUUAAUGAUUGUUAAAUCUACUGAAUGUCAUUGGGGGUAGGAAACGUGAACUUGCACUAUACAAGUUGCCAGCAGAAGAAAAUAUUUCCCACUAAGCAAAACUGGCAAAUUAACCCCAAAAUUAGCCCAAAUAUAAGACUGGUGAUUGAAACUAUCAGUCAAACUCCAACGGUCCAUAUGUCCAAUGUCUUAAUGUGCUACUUGCUCUCACAAUCUUCACUGACGUGUUUUGAUAACCAUGUGCAGCCCAGUGGUAGCCUUGGUGUCUGGGUGAUCUACCUCAUGUUUACCAUUGUGGUUGCGGGCUGUGAACAUAAUGACAUUACAGCCAUGCUAUUGUUGUUGAAAAUUUAUGAAUGUAAUAAAAUGACUUCUAAAAUGA